UUCUCACCACCCCCAUCACAGCCGGGCAUCAUCUCCUCCACCAAGGUGGCCCUUCAGGCAGCUAAGUUCUGGUGCUAUUCUCCGGUCGAUUGACUCAUUUGAAACACACAGUCCUGCUCGACACCUGCGGGGACGUUGGUGCCAUGAAGGGAAUCCGGUUUGUCGUCGUUCUCCUGGCGCUCUCCGCGUCUCUGCUGUGCACAGCCGAGGCGGCCAGGAGCAGGACCAGCACCCAGAACAGCUUCCGCCGGGCAGCCAACGGCAUCUACCAGACGCUCAGCAGCGUCUUCGGAGAGGACAACAUCAGAGGGUUGUACAAGUUUUUCUCCAAAACAACGGAGAGGUUUGUCCAUGGAGUCGACUCUUUUCUGGACACCGUCUGGAAGAUCUGGUCAGAUCUCCUGGACGUGAUGGGCAUUGACUCCUCGAACCUCAGCCACUACUUCAGCCCCACGUCUCUCACCAACUCUCCGGCGCGCGCCCUGCUCCUGGUUGCUGCUGUACUCGUGGCCUACUGGUUCCUCUCCAUGUUCCUGGGGGGUUUCUUCUACCUGCUACACGCUGUGUUCGGCCGCUUCUUCUGGCUAGCUCGCGUCACGCUCUUCGCCCUGUCCUGCCUCUACAUCCUGCAGAAGUUUGAGGGCGACCCGGAGCGCGCAGUGCUGCCGCUAUGCUUCAUCAUGGCCGUAUACUUCAUGACGGGGCCCGUGGGAGCGUACUGGCGUCGGGGGGGUGGGGCAGGUUCACUGGAAGAGAAAAUCGACCACUUGGACACUCAGAUCAGGCUGCUUAACAUCAGGCUGACUCGUGUCAUCGACAGCCUGGAACGCACUGCGGACCAGUAGACUUAGGUGGCAGUGAAGAUGAGGGGGGUGGAGGGUUUAUUGUAAAAAGAAAAUGGCUGAAUUUGAUGUCAGAUGAUGCUGUUUUCCUGCGCGCAUCUCCAGCGACAACUACUGGGUAUUUACAACUCUUAUGUCUGAAGGGGACAAAACUAGAUUUUAAGUAUUUCAGAAUUUUACAGCAUUUCAAAGGCAUGAGUCGAUUUAAGCUACAAGAAACCUAAAAAUCCUCAGAAGUGUGGAAAUUUCACUUGGAGCUCACCCAAACCAAACAAACUAGUUUUCUUUUUCCUUUUUAGUCUCAUGGCUUUGAAAUGUUUUUGUUUUGAUGAGUUUAUCAGAGAGGAGUCCAUGGUUUUCCAAAUUCUGGCCUAAUUCUACACCUCAGCUACUUUUUUUGAGAAACUUCCAAGUGUUGGUUUGAAUAAGGUGAUUGGACAAGUAUUGUCAAUGCUUGUGCUAAAUGAAGAAGCAUAUUUUAUGGCCGAUUGUUUUGUUUUUAUCCAUGUGAAUACUCUGGAGGUUACGAUUCUUACACAAGUCCAUCCACAAACAUUUUCCCUCUUCUUUGGAGCUACUGAAUUAAGAGAGGGGCAGGGUGUGAUGCAGGGGACGGAUAUUUCUGAUAUGUAAAAAAAAAUCCUCAAGUUUUUGGAUAGGUGUUCUUAUUUAUUCCAUUUCCACAUAAAUUGUUGAAAUUAUAAUUAUGUAGUUUGUUUCUUUAGUGUGUGUGUGCAUGUGUAAGACACUUGUGAAACGGAAAAGCACUGUAUUGAAAGUGACUAACAGACUGGGAAAUACAGAGAGGCAGCAAUAUCUCAGGGACUCUACCAACACAUCAAUUUGGAAAGAAAUUAGAUAUUAAAAUUAUGUCUUGAUCUCUUUGAGUCACUUGACAGUUUUUCAGAUAUAGUUGCAAUUUCUGUCACAGUAUCUUACAGUGCUGUGUUUUUUGCAUCAUGCUGAUAUUGUAAAGUUUGAUUCAUAUCUGGUGUCCAGCUUUUCAGUCAUAAUUUCAGUACUGGCAUAAAACUACUGUACAGAUUUGAACUGUAGCUAAUAGUAAAACAAGGAAAUAACAUUUUAUAAGUAUUCAAUGUGUGAAUACACAAGAAUAUUAUCCAUAGAAGAGAGAGUCCCAUCUCACUGACAUUAAAACCUUAUUAACACAAAUUCAUCUUGUAGGAUUGGAUUCUUAGUGGGGUAUAAACGGAAUCACAUUUUUAUCUUGGUUACAGACUAAUGUCUAGUUUAUUUGAUCAACUCCACUGACCCUGUUUUAGAAACAGCUGUACUUUAUUCUAAAUUCAUCAUGUUAAAAUGUGAUCAUUUCUCUCUCCAGUAAUUUAAUGAUAGAUCUACGACAUCAUUGAUAAAAUCAGCUUUUUAGAAACAUGCUUGGUUUGCAUUACUGUAGCAUUCAUUUUAGUUUGAUGGGACUUUUUUAAUAACAUCAUUAUUUUUGCCAUUAUUUAUUUUUAUAUUUAUUGUGUAUUUUCUGAAGACACUGGGCCCUGUUAGUAGGGUUUUUAACCUGCCAUCCACCAUCUCUGUUUAUCACAUUUUCAUUUAUUCAUAUUUCCUCUACACACUUUAUAUAAAUGUAUCUUCACUGUCAACUGCUUUUAUACAAAUGACUCUAAUGCUGUGCAACUGAGGGAGAAAAAAAGUUGAUGCUUUUAUUGUUGGGUGAGGAAAAACUAACUAAAGAUGAACACAAGCUCUUGCAGUUGCCUCAUGAAGCCACUUUUGACGAAGGCCAAAGAAAAGAAACUAUUUAUACUCUCGACACUCAAACCAACCCUUCAGCAAAUGUUAGGAUGUGUGAGAUGCUUUUCAAUAGACAGGGUGCAAUGUUAACAUUCUUGCGAGGUGGAGGGUGUUGCACUACUUUAAUACGAGGUACAGACAAAUGCGCUCUGUGGCUCUUUCUCAGCAUGUUCUGAUAUUUACCAGUAAAUGUGAUUCUUCAUAUGUUCAGUCCGACGGCUCACUUCAGAUUCUCAUAGUUAUCUCGGCAUUAAGGUUCUUUGACAGCAAGAUUAGUUAAUGUGUCUUUUUUGUCCCCUGCAGUAAACCACCCCUGGUAGCUCAUAAUAGCCAUAAUCUGAAGUUUUCUUGCAUGCCAUGUUUUUUUGCAUAAAAUAUUAUGUCCCAUUAUAUAAAUGUUGUUGACCGCCAUGGUAGAGGGCCCUUCCAAUGUGUGAUAUGUGAUGUGAUGAAUUAGCCAGAUGUGAAGUCCUACUUUCCUGUAUUAUUGCAGUUAACAUUUGUACUGGUUAUUGUACUGUAAAGACCAAACUGUCCCAUUUACGAGGGCUGUUCCACGCUACAAUACCAAACAGGACAUAAACCCUCUGAACUUUUCUCUCAUUCCAUCAUCAGAGUCGUGCUGUUUAUGUUCUGAUCUCAAACAUGUUGACAAAUGUUUAAUGUGUUGAAUGAAUGUAGUUUUUUUUUUACUCUCCUUUGUUAUUUUGAAGAGGGGAAGAUAACUUGAGAGAGAGGCCUGAGCCUGGUGUCUUGUAGUGUGUGGUGACAUCAGUCUGUAGCCAAUGACCUGUGUGUGUUUAAAAAAUGACUGCAUGUGUGAUGUAUGAAGUUGUUCAGUGAUUAGAAUUAAUAUGUUAUUGAAGGAAGGUUGUAGUGUAACUAGUUUGUCAAUGGCAUGGCGCUAAAGUAGUUGGAGUCAGGUGACAUGUAAGAGUCUAAAGCUCAGACGAUUCAGGAUUCGGAGAGUGUUAUUUAUCAAAUCUUGCAUUUUAAGAAACUGAAAACUGUUUAAGGGACUGAAAGAAAUGACCCAGAAAGUGCUCUCACACAGUUUGGAUUAUUUCUAGUACAACAAAAUUGUCAGAUAACAACCCAGUGGCACCAAGAUGGAGACUUUGACUCUCCCUCCAAACAUCAUUGAAGGAACACUGUAUACUUUAAGUUGCCUGCUCAUGUUCUACCACUUGCUGUCACCACUCUGACCGAUGCCAGUAGAUGUUUUCGUUGGCGUCUCUUAGCACUGGACUGAAAGCUACAUUCAGAUUAUAUUUAUUCUUUCUUCAGACUGUUGUCUGAAUGACUUGUGAUACAAUUCAUUUAAUGUGCUGUAUCCUACAUAUUCCUGUUAUUCCACAUAGCUUUUUAUAACAUGCUGUGCCAAUAAUGUAUAAAUUCCAUUUAUUUAAGGCAAUUAUUUGUAAUUUGCAAUUUGUGUAGAUAGAUUUUUUUAUUCUCGUUUCAUCAAAAAACCUUUUUAGCCUUUUGUUGUUUUUUUUAAUCUAAAUAUUUCUGUACUUCAGUGAUGUGGCAUCUGCCUAACUGUUCUGCCUGCUGAUUUGUGUGUGAGUCUUUAUGAAAAUCUGUCAGUUAAGUGGUACUUUUUUGUGGCAGAGUGAAAAUGAGGUCCAGAUUUGAAUAAAUUAAACGCCACUGUAUGACUGAG